AUGUCUGUCGGCUUGGCCUUGAUCGGCUCCGGCCACUGGGCGCGGGACGAGCAUUUGCCCGCUAUUUUGGCGAGCAAGCACCUACAACUCAAGGCAGUGUACUCAAGGACCACAAGGUCCGCAAGAACAAUCGCGGAGCGAGCCCCAGGUAUUGAUCUCUACUCUGAAGACGGGGAGUGCAGUUUCGCAGAUAUCUUGAAGAGAGAAGAUAUUUCAGCGUUGUUAAUCUCCUUGCCAAUUGGGAGCCAGGCCUCGUAUAUCAAGGCCGGCUUGUCUGCGGGAAAGCAUGUGCUCUCGGAGAAGCCUGUUGCAGAAAACCUCCAACAAGCCACAGAACUAAUUGACUGGUACAGAUCGUCGAAUCUUGCGUGCACUUGGUCAGUGGCGGAGAACUGGCGGUUCCUGCGUAGCUUCGACCGCGCAGCUGAAGAGAUCAAGAAGCUGGGUAAGAUAAUUGGCUUUCAGGUCCGCCAUUUUACCAAGGUCGAUAAAGACUGGAAAUUCUUCAACACGGAUUGGCGAAAGACUCCCACUCAUCAAGGCGGGUUUCUUUUGGACGGCGGAGUCCACUUAAUUGCCGGACUUCGCCAAUUGCUCGAGGCUGGAAACGAGCGUCUAAAGCAUGUGUCUGCAUUUACCAACUCGAUUGAAGAAUAUCUGCCUCCGGUCGACACAAUCAACGCCAUCGUAAAGACGGAGUCCGGGAUCUCGGGUACGCUGCAAAUCUCGUUCGGAACGACGCUCCGAGGAAACGAAUGGACCGUGGCCUGUGAAAACGGAGUGGUCAGCGUGAUCGAUGUUUUGGAUUCGGUGGUCACCGUGAUGGUCGAUGGCAAGAAGACGAUUCUACCCUUAGCGAAUGAAAAAACAGGCGUGCCACCAGAAGUGAGAGUCUGGGGAAAAGCACUGGCGAAUGGUACUGCUCUAAAGGCGCAGGAGCCAGAGUCAGCACGUGCAGAUCUCGAAAUUAUUGAGCUCAUUUUAAGGAGCGGCGAGAAGGGGGGCUUUCCGAUGGACUGUCGGUUUCAAAAGGUGUAA